GUCAGUGUUUUUUGUUUUUUUUAUUGUUGGCAUGGGUUCCGCGGAUUCUCCCACCAAAACUCAAGCCAACGAAGAUGAGAAUUACAAUAUACUUUGCCACGCCCACGAACAGUUCAGCAAUGGCGAGUAUGACCGCUGCUUGGAGCUGAUGCAGCAGCUGGAAUCAACGGAGGAAAGCAGUGGUUCUAUUCUGCGGCAUAAUCGAGCCGUGGUUCAUUACUACAAAAGUGGCUGCACGGAGCAUGCGGCGUUGCUAAAGGAGCUGGAGGAACUCGACCCUGAUCCAUCGCCCAGCUUAUCAAGCACUGAAGGACUGUCGUUGAAGCACAGUGGAAGUGGAGCCACAGUGGCACGCUAUAACAAGUCAGUAAUCUAUUACCACCGUCAUAUGUAUGCUACAGCGCUGGAGAAGCUAGCGCCACUGGUAAACCGACUGGAUGCGCUAGAGAAACACAUGGCUGCUCUGACGGCAACGCUACAGCUGCAAUUGCUACUGGCCACCAACCAGCUGAACCGCGCCGAGGCCUUUCUGGACUAUUUGCAGAGGAAGUUGAACUUUGUGUCCAGUGUGCCAAGCAUUAGCAGCAACAGUGGUGCUUCCCCCAGUGUUGAUGAGACGGCGACGACAACAGCACAAACAUCUUCCACCGUGGCUACACCUGCAACGUCCCCGGAUUCAGCCAUGGCUCCAGCUGUGCGCUUAGGUGGGGACGUUAGCGGCACUUUGCAACUACUGCAGCUGCUGACGCACGUGCUUAAUCGCAAACCUGUGGUCGUACCCGAGGACGGGACUCCCCAGUUUGCAGCACUAAAGGCGCAUCAGUACUACAUAAUGAAGGACUUUCAGAUGGCUGCCAAGCAACUUAUGCGCAUCAAUAACGACUGCAGCCAGUCAGGCAGCGUGAUGACACAGCUAAGUACGUGUAUUGCCAACAAUAUGGGCGUCAUUCAUUUGCGUGUGAGACACUAUGCAUUGGCCGCCAAGUUCUUCCAAAACGCUCUCACAUUUGAUAAGCAGUUAGCGUCCAAUUUGCGUCAGUCGACGCUGCAGACAAUGAGCUCAGCACGUUCCUGCGAAAUCUUGUACAAUCUAGGCAUUUCGAUGCUGCAUUUGCGCCGUCCGAAGGAGGCCUUUCAAUGUUUUCUGGUGCCGGUCAAGCUAUAUCACAGCAACCCACGACUGUGGUUUCGCAUGGCCGAGGCGUGCAUCAUGGAACAUGAGGAGAAGCUCUUAGUGGAGGAACGAGAAUCGCUCAACGAUGUCGCUUCCUCGGCAGCGACAUCGUUUGCAUUUGGAUCCUCAUCCAAAUCAUAUGGUGCCCAAUCUGCCGCAGUUCCCGAGCCAACACUGGAGUUUGCCGCACUGUGUCUACGUAGCGCCCUAACGCUGACGCUGCACUAUAAAACAAGUUUUCACAUAGCACCGUCACAGGAGGAAAUGUUGGACGAAAGGCCUCAUUGGCGCCAAGUGCAAGACAAUAAUUUCUGCAACCCAUCGAAACCCAUAUCCCUUGAAUCGCUCGAAAACAUGCUGGCGGCGAUUUAUGCAGCUUAUAGUUUUGUCUCGCUACGCUUGGGUGAUCACGUCACAGCCUUGGAAAUGGCCGAUGAGCUGCUAAAGACCGACCGUCUCUCCGACGCGCAUAAAUUACUUGGCCAUAUGUAUGCCGGAGAGGCGCUAAUGUACAUGGAUAAGCCCGCCGAUGCACGCGACCAUCUGGAACCGACGUUCGUAAGCACCCUAAAUGCCUUCGAUUUUGAGACGCGAGAUUGGCAAGUAAAGUCAUUGGACGCUGCGCAGCAAGUGGUGCGAUACAAUCUGGCCGUUGCCAUGACCUUACAAAAUGAUUUUAAAGCUGCAAAAAGCCUUCUUAUUUCAUUGACCCACUCGAUUGUGACAGCAAAGGCUCUGUCCCUGCGGCGUUAUAUAGACGCCAAGCUCAGUUCCGGCAUUGGAACAGGAGCUGCAAAUACCCUAAAAAGUUAAACAUUUGUAUAAAUACGUUACUACUUAUGAAGUGAAAUUCGUUACAAUGAAAUGCAUCGGAGCAGAUUGUAAAUACAUAUUGAGAAAGCA